AUGGCUUCCAGGCUUCUGGUGAUAACCAUUAAGUCGGUCGAGUGCCUCAAGGCCCACGGUGUCUACCUAGUCGUCUCCCUCUCCGGCGACGAGAGUUACAAGAAGCAGUGCACCCCCGUCCACAAGAAAGGCAGCACCCCCAACCCCUGGUUCGGCCACACCUUCGAAUUCACGGUGGAAGAGGCCGCGCUUCUCGACACCCGCCUUGAGUUCAAGAUCGAGAAGAAGAACACCUUCUUCUGCUUCAAGAAGGGCUGCUUCUUUGGCCGCAAGACUACUUACGUGGUCGGCAAGGUGGAUGUGCCCGUCGAGGAUCUGCGUCCGGAUGGCUCCGCCAGCGACAUGAAUCCCAAGGUGCUGAGCUGUGAAGUGAGGUCGUCCUCCCCGAAGAAGACCAAGGGGAAGACCAUGGCCGUUCUCGAAUUUUCCUACGAGUUCGGCGAGCAGUUCCUCGUCGAGGCGCCCCCGGACCUGGAGGAGGUGACAGUCACGACUACUGAAGCUGCAGAGCGCCAUCAGACGGGGAACGCCACUCCGCCGCCGCCCCAGCAUCACCCCGGUCGAAACUUCCUGGAAAGGGUGGGGAUCGCGGCGAUAGCAAGUGUGUUCAGUAACCUCGUAUUCGGCGGCGAGUAG